GUCAAUUCCCCAAAAAGAGCCGCUAAACUUAUUAAAAAACAUAAUUUUAAGAAUUGCACCACGUAUGGGGAAAAUUUAGCCGCCAUCUCCUUUGAUAAUAAAAUCAUAAAUUUCUGCAAACCUAUCUAUGUCGGCUUCGCGGUACUAGAAAUUAGCAAGACGUUAAUGUUCGAAUUUCAUUAUAACGUCAUUAAGAGAUAUUUUAAGGACCGCGUACACAUAAUAUACGGUGAUACAGAUUCUCUCGUCUACUUAGUUAGGACUGAAGAUUUUUAUGCUGAGGUGUCGGCGAACCCUGAUUUACUCAAAUGGUUCGAUACCUCUAAUCUUCCCCACAAUCAUCCAGCCUAUUCUAUCGCUAAGAAAAAAAUCCCCGGACUGUUUUCUGACGAGACCAACGGGUUAACUAUCUAUGAGUUUAUCAGUCUCAGACCAAAAACAUAUGCUUUUGAAAAGGAGUCAGUGGAUGCACAGAGGACGGAUGAAAAAAUUAAAGCGAAGGGCAUCAAAGGUCACGUGGUAAAACAUCACCUGACAAUGGAAGACUUUAAAACCUGCCUGUUUUUGGAAGAAGAAGCUUAUAGGGAGAAUAUUUCUAUACGGUCAUUUCAACAUGAUAUAAAAACAAUAAAAACAAUGAAAAUGACACUUAAUUGGCACGAUGACAAACGUUUUAUUUUACCUGAUAGAAUUCAUACGCUCGCUCACGGCCAUUACAAAUUAACUGAGCAGCAACCCGGUAGUGAUGAUGAAGAAAUGAAUGAGACGAGGUGA